UCUCUCGGCCACUCAUCCAGUCGUCGCCUCGCUCUCCUCCGCCGCGGCAGAGAAGAAGGAUGAGCCUCUCGUCCCUCGCCGUCGCCGGCCACCACCGCCGCCACCGCGCCUCCGUCCCCGGCUCGCGGCGCCACCGUCCGGCCGUCCCCGGAUCUCCCCCUUCCGACCGCUUCUCCUCGUCCGUGCGCUUCCCAGCCGCGGCCGGAGCAAGUCCUCGCGGCCCGCCCCGGAGAUCGCUCUGCACGUGCGUCCUCGGAUCCGGCGGCGGAGCCCUCGCGCAGGACGCCGGAGCCACCGCGGCCGUGCUCGCCGGAGCUUACUCGCUCGUCUUCGCGUUCGACACUCUCACCCAGCGGAACCUCAUCCAACAGAGUCUGAGCAGAAAAUUAGUCCACAUAUUGUCCGGGUUGCUUUUCAUGGCUGCUUGGCCGAUCUUCAGCAACUCCAUGGAGGCUCGCUACUUUGCUUCUUUGGUGCCCCUAGUGAAUUGCUUUAGGCUUGUUGUCAACGGGUUAUCGCUGGCUGCUGAUAAAGGACUUGUGAAGUCCGUCACCCGAGAAGGAAGUCCACAGGAAUUGUUAAGAGGCCCGUUAUACUAUGUUUUGAUACUGAUUUUAUGCGCUAUUGUCUACUGGCGUGAAUCCCCAACAGGGGUGAUCUCAUUGGCAAUGAUGUGUGGUGGGGAUGGUAUUGCUGAUAUAAUCGGAAGAAGAUUUGGAUCCCAAAAGCUUCCUUAUAACCACAAAAAGAGUUGGGCCGGUAGCAUAUCCAUGUUCGUAUGCGGCUUCCUAAUAUCAAUAGGGAUGCUCUGUUACUUCUCAUCUCUCGGGUAUUUUCAAUUGGACUGGACAAUGACGUUGCAGCGGGUUGCGCUGGUCUCGUUGGUGGCAACAGUAGUGGAGUCUCUUCCAAUUACGGAGGUGCUCGACGACAACAUAUCCGUUCCUCUAUCGAGCAUGCUAAUGGCCUUUUGGAGUUUCGGCUAUUAGUUUCCCAUCCUGCCUUCGUUUAAGAAAAUGCGAAUCUGAAGUGCCCUCAGGGUCUCUGUGCACCUGUUUUCAAGAGGAAUCGGACCUGGUUAAUGGGCCGAACAUGUCGGAUCAGGCCCAUCCGAAUGUAUUAAACGGGUAAUCGAGCCCUCUUUGCUUGGGCCCUUUACUGUAGAUCUAAUGGUCAAACCCCCAUAUGUUGAAACAAUUCAGAAUAUUGGACAGAGAAGUUUUACAACCGUGGAUGAAACAUGGUCAACAAAACUCUUAGCACUUUUUUUU